CCACUUCCAGACGCUUUAUAAAAAUUUCACUAGUAGUGCGUAGAAAAAAUGAAGAAAAGUUAAAAUAAGAACAAAGACUUGUGGCUGAAGUUGUAAGGUGAUAAAACGCCAGAUGGGUCUCUUGCUGCCCAUGCUAGGCAGUCAUCUUUUGAACUCAAGGAGCUCAUCUUGGACUGGUUUACCAUAAAGUAAGCAAUCAAACAUCAGUUUGCUGAGAUUGUUGUACGAAACAUAUGCAUUUUAUUGUUUCUUUGGAAAUUUUGCUGAGAUUGAUGUACGAAACAUAUGCAUUUUAUUACUGCUCUACUGCUAUUUGUUCAGCACCCCCAGAAACUUUUGGUAAUACGUGCAUGUAUGUAUUAUGUAACAUAUCUAUUGUCCAUCAUAACAUUUUCUGCGAUAUGAAUCUGUGAUUCUUAUUGUCAUAGUGCCAACUUUAGUACAAAAUUUAGUGGUGACAAUUAUUUUGAACAACUUUGCUUCGAUCUUGUAGCCAUUUUUGAUAGGUCAGGAAGAUAUGUAAUCACUGGUUCUGAUGAUUGUCUUGUCAAGAUUUGGUCAAUGGAUACAGCAUUUUGCUUGGCUAGCUGUCAUGGACAUGAAGUGAGUUAAGAUUGUCCAUAUAAUAAGUGGAGCUUAUAAUUUGAUAAUAAAGCCUGUUCUACUAUUUUUCCAUAUAUUUUUAAUUUUAUCUGCUCAGUAUAUGAUUAAAGGGUAACAUUACUGACUUGGCUGUAAGUUCAAACAACGCUUUGGUGGCAUCUGCUUCAAAUGACUUUGUCAUUCGAGUUUGGCGUUUGCCAGAUGGAAUGCCAAUUUCAGUUCUGAGGGGGGCACACUGGAGCUGUUACUGAUAUUGUAUUUAGUCCCAGGCCAAGUGCCAUAUAUCAGCUUUUAUCGUGAUGAUGAUGGGACUUGUCGAAUCUGGGAUGCUCGGUAUUCCAACCUCCAGCCAAGAGUAUACAUUCCGAAACCUACAGACAUUUUAAAUGGGAAUAGCAAUGGUCUGUCAAGCAACAGACCCUCCUCAAGUAAUGGCCCACAGAGCCAUCAGAUGCUUUGUUGUGCUUACAAUGCCAAUAGAACUGUUUUUGUUACUGUUAGCUCUGACACUUUUGCAAGGGUUUGGAGUGAUUUUAAAUGUACCCAAGAGGACCUGGAUCAACCAGUACCUGAGUUGGAUCUGUUGUCUGGCCAUGAGAAUGAUGUCAAUUAUGUGCAAUUCAGUGGUUGCGCUAGGGGCAAUAUCAGGUUGCUUAAAUUUUGAAAGGAAAAAAGAACCAAGGGGCAAUAUCGGGCUACUCAAUUUUGAAAGGAAAAUAAGAUUAAAAAAUGAAGGUAUAUUCACAGAACAGGAAUUUUUGAACUUUGGAAUAUUCUCCUUCAAAGAGUCGGCCAUCGAAGAUUUUGAGGCAAUGGGGAGAGCUGCAACAUCUCUUUCAAAGCUAGCAGAUACAGCUCGUGAGGAGCUCCCUAGUACUAUGGCUACCAUUAGGCUAUCUGGCAUGGAAAUCAGUGACCUUACACUGGAACGAAGUGAUUUAAGCCAAGAGAUAGCUGAUGGGGUCAGCAAAUCUACUCAAGCUGUGCAAGCGGCAGAAGCUGGAAUUCGACAAAUUGGUGCAGUUGCUCGCCAGCAAACUAUCUCAAUGAUUCAAGAGAGAGCGAGCCUGCCCAUCAUCUCUUUGCAACCUGUUGUUGCUGGAGCUGCAAAGAAGACUUCUCAUGCUGUUGGCUAAGCGACAAAGGCCUUCAUGAAUAUGAUCUCUCGGGGGGAGUUCAGCGCAGAGAAUGAAGAUGACAGUGGAAUUGAUAGAGUGGAGAUUUAAAGGUUUGCUGCUUCCCAAUUAAGUGUCGCCUUGUGUACAUAUUGCAGUGAACAUAGACAUUAGCUUCAAAUGAGUGUGAUAAUGCAGAUGCCCAAAAAAAAAUUUGGGCUAAUUUUAGUCA